CAAAUGAACUAGAUGCACAGAACUCGCCUUCCAAGUCCACAGCAAAGAAGAUGUUGACCAAAAAGUAUAAUACAGCUUUAAAUGACUCAAACACUGAAACAGAGGACAGUGAGUCUUUAUGUUGUAGAAGAAGUCCUUGCAGGGGAAAAAGUGCUUUCAAAAAACUACAUCAAAUAGACACUGAUGUGGAAGAGCCUAACACUGUGGAAUCGGCGUGCCAUAAACUAGACCAUAGGACUCUGGACGAAAACGGCAUACAGGGUGAAUUCACAACUGCUAGCCAGUCUAUGGAUGGAUUGCACAAAAUCAGGCUAAACUAUAGUGAAGACUCAGCUGAUGGCAGUAAACUAAAUGAAGAUGAGCUUAUAGAUUUUUCUGAAGACCAAGAUAACCAGGAAGACAGUAGUGAUGAUGGUGGCCUUGUAGAUGAUAACUGUAGUUCAGAAAUGGGACAGUGGCACCUGAAGCCUACUAUCUGCAAACAGCCCUGCAUUUUGCUCAUGGACUCGCUGAGAGGCCCCUCCCGCUCAAACGUGGUGAAAACACUAAGGGAAUACUUAGAGGUGGAAUGGGAAGUCAGGAAAGGCAACAAAAGAAGCUUUUCCAAAGAUGUCAUGAAAGGUUCCAACCCCAAAGUGCCACAACAGAACAACUUCAGUGAUUGUGGAGUGUACGUAUUGCAGUAUGUAGAGAGCUUUUUUGAG